AUGAAUCGAACGUGUACAAGCACCGAUCCACGUCUGAUCAGUUUUACUGCAGUACUGCUGAGGGGGAUAUUCUUACGUCAAACGGCUAUUCUACGAAAUUGUAAUAAGAUUCUCUUCAGAUAUGUUGGCGUAUGUCACCCCUUCCGCGCAAAACGAUGGGUUAGUGGAGGACCUGUAAGGUGUGCCAUCAUAGGAUCUAUAAUAAUCAGCAUCGUGAUUAACAUACACACAUGGUUAGAACUCGACAUUUCCGAGUGCUUUUCGGCAGAGUUCAAUCAAAAAGUACGAAGCAUCACACUGACGGCUUUGAAAUCCAACGAGAUCUACAACAUCAUAACAAAGUGUAUUCUGUACACGCUAUUGAUGUUCGUAAUUCCAUUCGUCACAUUGAUCAUCGUCAAUUGGCGUAUUGUUGUCACACUGAAACAAAGCACACGAAUGCGAAAUCGUCUCUCUUCAACCAGAUACAGUCAAGCCCGUAUAAUUCAUAACUUCGGACUGCUCAAAAAUGCAAAACAGUCAGAGAUUUUCGGAAGGUGUGCUCGACUAAGAUUCAAGCAUCUACGUAGUUCAGGGCAUUCUAAGAGUGGUUCUGUACGUGACCGUAGUGUCACGCUUAUGUUACUGGCAAUUGUUGUUAUAUUUUUGUUCUGUAAUAGUCUCGCUUUUUGCAAUAAUAUCUAUGAAAUUGUUCGUGAUACACGUGCUCAUAUUGAGCAGAAUUCAACACAACCAACCAUGUCCAUCACAGUGGAAAAUAAAACGGGAACGUUCGAGCAAAAUCAGGACAUGUUUGACUUUUCCGUGGAGCUCAGUAAUAUUCUGAUCUCGUUGAAUUCAGCGUCGUCGAUUUUCGUAUAUCUUGUGUUCAGCUCCAAAUAUCGGUCGAUUGUCAAGAACUGGUUCGGCUUGGAAGAGAAGAAGACGACAAAUGACAUUGCCAUCACCACGGCUAUGGUUGCGCAACGGGCAUUGGAACUAUCAUUCUUCCCCAACGAAGCUAGUGAACGCCUCGCGAAGCCCGAUUAUGAAGCGGCAUCGACUACACCCUCGAGCACGCUUGAAGUCAAAGGGUAA